UUCAGUGGAGUCUCAACCCCUCUGUCAUGUCAACGUGCACAUUGCUGCUGGUGUCUCAGGCAGGCUGUGGGCUCAACGAAUCCCUUCAGCCUUGCGAGCCUGCUCUGCAAACGCAGAUUUCUGACUCUACUUGUAGGCUCUCUGGAGAAAGCAAACCUAUGGGAGAAUGUUUGGAGUGUUUCCCUUCUUCUGACCUUUGCCAGUGUUUUGGAGAACGGAUGUCGUUUGUCGAAAGCAACUUUACUAAAUACUUGGAAUCCUCUGCCUUUUUUAAAAGCGAGCACUCCGAAGUAAACAUGCCCGCUGAACUGUGCUUUGGCCAUUCUGAGGUCUCUGGACAAGGAGAUCCUAAAAAGGAAAACCAGUCUUUGGAACGUGCUGCAGAAUUGAGCACAGAACAAGAAGCACUUAUUGAAUCCACUACACACCAAAACGCCAUCGAGAUGAACGAGGCUGAUGGACUUUGCAUUGAAAACGGUCAAAUCAGUGGUGAAUUUUCAGAGCAUUCUUGUUCUUCUGGAUACAGCUCUUUUUUGGACAGCUGCUCUGAGCAUAGUGAGUAUUUUGAAAUUAGCAGUUCUUCAGCUGACUUGGUUGAAAUGAGCCAGAAUGAUGAAUUUAGCAUUGCAUUUGAGCCAAGUGAUCAAAGUGAGAUUUCUGAACAUGAUGCUGAACAGUUAACUUUAUCCGAGAUGAGCCUAGAUGAUUGUGAGUCUUUUCAACAAGAUGAUGCAGAACAGAUAAUUUUAUCUGAGGUGAGACCAGGUAAUUGUGACUCUUUUGAACAACAUGAUGCAGUACAGUUAAACUCAUCAGAGAUGAGCUCAGACCUUUGUGAGUUUAUUCCACAAGGUGAUGCAGAAUCAGUAACUUCAUCUGAGUUUAGCCCGGACUGUUUUCAACAAGAUAAUGCAGAAGAAAUCAAUUCAUCUGAGUUGAGCUUAGACGAUUGUGAAUCUGUACCUCAAGAUGAUGCAGAACAAGCAACUGAGGGAGAUCUUUGUGGUUCUUUUCUGCAAGUUGAUGUUGAGUCCUCACAAUUAGAUCCUUCAUAUCAUGAUACGCUUUCUGAAUACGAUGCAGAAUAUCACGACCAGCACAGCGAGUGUGAAAACAGCAGUUCUGAAGACAACUUUUUUGAUCUAAACAGUGUAGUUGAACUAGAUUCUGAAGACUGCGAGACAUCUAAACAGUCCGAGCCUAACAAUCAAAACAAGCUUGAUAAAUACCAUGCCACACAUUUUGAAUCCCCUGAACUGUGUCAGGACUCUAAAGAAAGUAAGCCAUCUGACCACUGUGUGUCCCUUGAGCACACGCAGCUUACUGGGCAAAUGGACACCACUGAUGACAGAGUUCUGCUAAACAGCCUCGAUGAUUGCACUUGUUCGUCUGAGAACUUUAAUUGUAGUUGGACCUUUGACUCCCCAACUGAAGGGCAUCAAGACUGUAACCGACUCUCUGAGCACAGCGAAUCCUCUGUAUGUUUUAAGGUUUUAGAACAAUGCACAAGCUGUGGAGCGUACUUUGAGAAAUGUGAUGUCCGUGAACAAUGUACUCCCUCUGUGCCCACUGACCAUUCUGAGGGCCCACAUCAAAGCAGACUUGCAGAAAAAUGCCCAGAGUCUUCAAGAACACAUAGCUCUGUCUUUCACAACCCUGAAAUAACCAAAGAAAAUCUGCCCAAUCAUAGCAGAAAAACUGAGGUUAGGAAACCAUCUCAGUCCGAUGCCAUGUUUUCUGGAUCAAUGGAAACCUUUGAGGCUCGGUGGCUUUCUCAAUUUCUUACUGAUCUUUUGAGGCAUAAGGAGAAUUCAAGUCCUGCUGCUGAAAUCAGUGAGUCAAAUGGAGAAGCAGAAAUCCCUGAAGUUGUAGAUUCUGAGCCUGAAGUUCAAGCUUGGGACAACUGUAGGAAGCUCUGUAGAAAUUGCGAUGAGUUGGAGAAGGGGAAAUGUUGUAAUGAUGAAACUCUUCAAUCUUCUCAACUUGCUGAUGAUGAGGAGGUAAACUUUGAACACCACUCAGAUGUGGACAUCUCCCUGGAUGCGGUGACUGCAGCAGGUUCUUCAGAUGAAUCUGAAGAGGAGGAGUAUGGUGACUGCAUGGAUGGUAAAAGUCAAGGUAGCUCUGAAACUGAAUCGUUCACAAGUUUUGUUGAGUCUGAAUCAUUUGAAAUCUUCUCAGAUCAACCAUGUGAUAAGGAAAACCUUCUUGAAGAGUACGAUGAGUCCUUGAUUCAAAUUCUACAGCCAGAAGAGUACCCUGAUGAAGGUAACGCUGAGAAUUUUGGUAUGUAUACACAGGAAGGUUUAGAUGCUUGUGAGGAAGAAUGUGAGAUUGAUUCUGAGCAACAAGUGACAGGAAAGAAAUGCAGUAAAACGUAUGCUGAAGCUGUAGCUGUUGGACUCCCAGUUGAGUCGUGUCAAAUCCAUGAACGCUCCAAACCAGAUGAGGUCCAUGAAACUGAAGAUUAUGGGCCUGGUUUUAUGGAUGAAUGCUUCUCGUUGUAUUCUGAGAGCAAGGAUGAUGAACUUUGCUACAGAAAUGGAGAGGUCGCUGAACCCCUUGUUGAUAGGCAAGUAUCCUAUGUUACAGCUGGUGAAGGUUGUGGACUUGAAGAAGUGGUUGAAAAUGCUUUUGACAGUGUAUCUGGAGAUUCCACAGAAUUGUGUGCUGUGAAGGACACAUUUCAAGGAGCUGAUACUUUGGAAUCACCUGUUGAAGAAAGUACAUUGUUGGAAAAUGAAGUCAGUCAGGAUUUAAUUGAAAAUGACAGUUAUGAGAACACGGAAAACGUACAAGAUCUCAGUUCUGUGGUUGAAAUCGAUGCAAACAAGGAGACACACUCUGACUUUGAUGAAACUGAGGGGGCUCAUGGACCGUGUUGUGGAGAGAUUGAAACUACUGAAGAUGAAGAAACAACCCUGUUUGACUUUGAGGAUGUUGUGGGAUGUUCUGAGGAAUGUGACGAAGGUAGAGAGACCCCAACUGCUGAUCAACUGGUGUCUUGCGCCUUUGAGGAGCAGUCAAACACAGAGACUGGCACUCUUUGGGUAUCAGAUGGUCAGCAAGACGUCAAUACCGAGCCAAAAGACACCUCUGGGCUCCUUCAUCCUCCUGGAACAGAUGGUCUGUCUGAGAAGAACCAGAAACAUGAAAAAUUAGAGGAACUUAUACAUCAAGUUGCAAGAAGUGAAGCAUCUGAUCAAGACACGUUAUUUAGGUCUGACCAAAAAAACAGUGAACAGAGUCAUUCUUAUGAGGAGAGUGAUGUAUCUGAAGAUGAAGAGUACCCAGAGGACUGUGAUUGUGAAUUCUGUCUUCCACCCAUAGAUCAGGUCCCAGCCAAACCACUUCUUCCACAGAUAAAGUCUAAAGAUGUAGGGAAGAUCUGUGUAGUCAUUGAUCUGGAUGAAACACUAGUCCACAGUUCAUUCAAGCCGGUAAACAAUGCUGACUUUAUCAUUCCAGUGGAAAUUGAUGGGACAGUACAUCAGGUGUAUGUGUUGAAGAGACCUCAUGUUGAUGAGUUCCUCAAACGGAUGGGCGAACUGUUCGAGUGCGUGUUAUUCACUGCAAGCUUAGCCAAGUAUGCUGAUCCCGUCUCGGAUCUGCUGGACAAAUGGGGAGCUUUCCGAAGCCGUCUUUUCCGGGAAUCUUGUGUGUUCCACCGUGGAAAUUAUGUCAAGGACCUAAGCCGUCUAGGCAGGGAUCUCAACAAAGUCAUCAUUGUGGACAAUUCGCCAGCCUCCUACAUCUUCCACCCAGACAAUGCUGUACCUGUAGCCUCCUGGUUUGAUGACAUGUCUGACACAGAGCUGCUGGAUCUCAUCCCUUUCUUCGAGAGACUGAGUAAAGUGGAUAAUGUCUACACUGUGCUGAAGCAGCAGAGGACUACUAGCUAGCACGACACUAAGGGCAGCUGUCACUAUGGGGCCAGGGAGGCUGCUGGGUUCGGAGCACCACACUGCUUCCCCUAACAGGACCAGCCAUUAGCUCAGUCCUCAUCACCUACCCAGAAUUCCAUUCACAUGAUGUUUGAUAGAGAAAAAGUCGUCGAAUGACAGAACUGUGAAGGACUGCUUUAGCUAUUAUGUGCUUAAAAUAAGAAGCUGAUUGUUUUAACACUCAAUUGCGUGAAUCUCAGGAAAGCGAGCAAGAGCAUAUUUCACCCUGAAGUCAAACAAUAGAAAUUAUAUUUUGCUUAUGAAAAUGAAAGAGAUUUUUUUUUUUUUUUUUGCCCGUGUGACAUUUUGACAACUAAGCACAUUCCCUCGAAAUUUUGCCAUAAUGCAAAAAUGCAAACUUAUAUUUACUGUAAUGUGUAAAAGAAAAAAAAAAUAUAUGUAUUAUUUAAAUUGUAUUGUAUUUAUACAUUAUGGUUGUAUUUGUUGUAUUGCCUUUAAUUUAUGCUUGUUUAUGCAAAAAGUACUGUAUUACAGUAAUCUAAUGAAAAUCACCAUUGUGAAUAAUAAUGGAAAAUUACAAAAAGAAAAAACAAAACAAAAGCAAAAUAUUCAGAUGUAUUAUGGUAAUAAUGAGGGACAAAUUGCUUAAUUGUCAAAAUUAAUUUUGCAAUGCAAAAAAAAAAAAAAAGUCAAAGUACGCUUUUUUUUUAAUUAUGCAAAUAAUAUUUUGUAUUUAUUUUACUCUUGAUUUUAGGGGGAAAUGUGGCCUAUGUAUGUCUUUGUGCGAUUCACUCAAAAAUGUGUUACUCCUUUGCAACUCUUUCAUUUUCAUGGUUGAGGGAAGCCCUGUUAAAAUGAAAAAAGUUGAUUGUCCUCUUUGGUUGGUUAUUUGAGGAGAUCGGUUCAAGAUCUCAAGUAAGGACAAAACCAUAAAUGGCAAUCACAUGGAAUAAUAUGCCGUCUUUUCUUUUAAUCUAGCCAGCUUUAUUGGACUCUAAAACAAGCAUUCAUCCAAAAAUCAUGUUUUUUUUUUUUGUUUUUUUUUCCUCCUCCAAUUUCUAAAUCAGAUAAGAAAGACUCAUGAUGCAAUCAGCCAGCACUUGAAAUUCAAGUUUCACAAAGCAACAGAUGUAAGCAAAGGGAAAUUGGUCUGGCACUUGUUGUGUCACACGGCCUGUUUUCACUCCGAAGGUUAAACUAAUGCACCUUUUGAAUCAUAUACAGUAUGCUUUAUUUUGUCUAAUGUGAGGCCAUUCACCGUGGCCUUAAAAUUACUGUAGCAAAAAUUUGUCAGACAAUAUCAAAGUGGUCUUAUUUACAAAAUCAGUUUGUCUGAUACUGUGUAGUUUUAAAUUCAUAACAGUAUGCCAUUUGUGUGUUUAUAUUAAUCAAAACGAGUAAAGAAUACUGGAAUCGAAUCUUGAUUUGUCAAUGGAAACAGAUGUUCGACUUGUAAUGCCUUAACUCUCCAUUAGAUCACUAAGCUGUCAGAUGGUUCAUUGAGAAAGUGAUUUUGGCAUUGCUGUAAGCAUGCCGUACCGUGGACUGGAGAGCCCCUGUUAAUGUGCAGUUGACGUGCCUUCUUGUUAGUUGCCAUUUAAUAUGGAUGGUUUUCCUUAUGGGGAUCGUAUACUUGCUCAGCACUAUCUGAGUUGAUUGUUUUGCAAGUGCCAAUAUUGAUGUUUCGAGAUAUAACGGUGAUGUUCAUGUGUCCGGGAGAGAGUGGAAAGGUGAUGUUAUGGUUUUUAAUACUGGUGUUUUGUCCAUUUGUCAGUGUUUGACUUUUUAAAUAGAUUUGGUGAUGGUGAAACAUUUGCCAUCCCUAUAUUUGUGAUAUUAAUGAAAAUAGUGCUGUGCCAUGGAGAAAAAAAGAUUUUUGUUAUUCAUAAAAGUUUAAAGAGCAGCUUGAGUGUUAUUUGAUUCUUCAAAAGCACAACUGAUUUUUCUCUUUUGUACUUGAAUCAAACCCUGUAUUUUAUUCUGGUAUUAUUUCCAGUAGUAUUGGAUGUUCAGUUGCAUGGUUUGUGUAUACGUUAUUUGGGUUGUCUUCUACAAAUGCGUUAACAUAAAUCAUUAUGAAAGUU